AUGUGGAUUGAUCGCACCUUCUUCCGCCGUAACUGGCAAAUGCUCGGCCUCGUCUUCGGCUCGGCCUUCGUCUUCGAGAUUGCUUAUGACAACGGCAUGAACAAGGUCUGGGACAACUUGAACCGCGGCCGUCAAUGGAAGGACAUCAGACACAAGUACGUCGAGGCCGCUGAGGAGGAGGAAUAG